AUGACCACGAUUGAGCAGGCAGAGGCCCAGCUCUCUGAGCUAGAACUGUUGGCCAGUAUGUUCCCCACUGAGGAUGAAUUUGUAGUGAAUGACCAGCUGGCUUUAGCAGAAUUGAAAGAUUGUAUUGAGAAGAAGACUAUGGAAGGACGAUCUUCAAAAAUUUACUUUACUGUCAAUAUCAACCUAAAUAUACCUGAGGACACAAUGGUGGUGGUUUCACUGGCAUGUAUUCUGCCUUUCAAAUACCCUGCCAUUCUUCCUGAAAUUACUGUCAGAUCAGUAUUAUUAAAUAGAUCCCAGCAGACUCAGCUGAACACAGAUCUGAACGCUUAUCUGCAGAAGAACUACUGUGGCGACGUCUGUAUCUUGAAUGCCACAGAAUGGGUUAGAGAGCAUGCUUGUGACUAUAUCACCAGAGAUGCCACAUCAUCUGCAGCCAUUGAGAGUACAGUCCAGCCACUUGAUCUCAUUCUCACAAGACUCUGGAUCUAUAGUCAUCACAUCUACAACAAAUACAAGAGAAAGAAUAUUCUAGAAUGGGCAAAGGAGCUUUGUUUGUCUGGGUUUAGCAUGCCAGGGAAGCCUGGUGUUGUUUGUGUGGAAGGCCCACAAAGCGCCUGCGAAGAAUUCUGGUCAAGACUCAGAAAACUAAACUGGAAGAGAAUUUUAAUUCGUCAUCGAGAAGAUAUUCCUUUUGAUGGUACAAAUGGUAAACCGGAAAGACAAAGAAAAUUUUCAAUCUUUGAAGAGAAAGUAUUCAGUACUCAUGGAGCCAGGGGAAACCACAUGGACUUUGGUCAGCUGUAUCAGUUUCUAAAUGCUAAAGGAUGUGGGGAUGUUUUCCAGAUGUACUUUGGUGUGGAAGGACAAUGA